AUGUUGGCAGGUAAAUUUUCCAGACAACCAGGUGUACAUGAAGUAGCUAUUAAAAGCAUCGAGAGUUCUCCCUAUAAUGUAUCUGAUGAAAUUAAAACUUCAGAAAUUUUUAGAGAGGCUGCUAAUGGAUUAAAAACAAUACAUUCUGCUGGUCUUAUUCAUCGAGAUUUUCAUACUGGAAAUAUUUUAGUCGAACUGCCUUUUCCCAAAGAAGCUCACGAUGAUUUCUAUUUGUCGGUAGCCAUUUGUAAUGGAGAACGCCCACAAACUGCUAAAAAUGUCACCAUACCUGAAUGCUAUAACGAAUUAAUGGAACAAUGUUGGAAUAAUAUUCCAUCAAAUAGACCAAGUGUUAAUGAAUUAUAUGAAGUUUUAAGAGGAUGGCGCUUUGCUGGAAUAAGUGCCAAUCAAUUUGAGGAUGCAAAUAAGAAUUAUAAGGACAUUAAAAUUAUUGAUCAACCUAAACAACAACCGCCAAAUA